AGUGGGCAUCCGCCAUCUUCAUCACCCUCUUUGAGCUGAUUGAGCAUAGCCUCUCUCUCUCUCUCUCUCUCUCUCUCUCUCUCUCUGUGAAUGGUACAGAUUCUGGAGCUUCAUUCUUACGGCAUCAACGUCACUCCACCAGUCUUGCUUUUUCCCUUCUCCUGCUCCUUCCUCUUCCUCCUCAUCUCCUCCAAAAGAAAUCUACUUUAUUUCUGCUUCUUUUGCUGCAGUAUAUCAUUUCCUUCUUUAUCCAGCUAGCCACCACACUUCUUCCAUGGUUUCAGAGCUUCUACCCUCCUCCUCCGCUUCGUUGCAGAGAAUCUGAGGUGGGAUUCUUGAGCUCUUCCCAGCUCUGCAGCAUAAUCCCGAGAUUUCGAGCUGUUAAAGUUAUCAUCUUUCCCAAGAAAUCUGUCUUGUUGGGUUCUUGAAAGCUCCUUCCUCUCUCUCUUCAAAUCAGCCCUCUUCCCUGCUUUCUUGCUCUGCCCUGGUUCUUCAGUGUUCAUAGCAGAGUUCCCGAUCCAUAAAAGUCACUCUUUGCUCGCUCCCGAGCUUCUGCUUCAGCUGCUAACUAAUGGGGAAGCUCUCGUUGUUUAUGGGGUUGGCCCUGUUUCUGUCGGCGGCGGGUUUCGCGAACGGGAUUGGUGCGAACUGGGGCACGCAGUCAACCCACAAUCUGGACCCGCAUAUAGUGGUGAGGAUGCUGAGGGACAACGGUAUCCAGAAGGUGAAGCUGUUCGACGCGGACUACGAUACGCUGGCGGCGCUCGGGAGGUCCGGGAUCGAGGUCAUGGUCGGGAUCCCGAACGACAUGCUCGCCACCCUCGCCACGAGCCUUAAGGCCGCCGAGAACUGGGUCUCCAAGAACGUCUCAACCCAUAUUUCCAACCGUAAUGUCAACAUAAGGUAUGUUGCAGUAGGGAAUGAACCAUUCCUUCAAACAUACAAUGGAAGCUUCCUUCAAACGACCUUCCCAGCUCUCCAAAAUGUCCAAGCUGCCCUUGUGAGGGCCGGCCUGAACAACCAGGUGAGGAUUACUUGCCCCCAAAAUGCUGAUGUCUAUGCGAGCUCGUCGGACAUGCCCUCGGGUGGUGAUUUCCGUGCAGACAUCCGACAAUACAUGAUUCAGAUUGUCAAGUUUCUCAACGACAAUGCGGCCCCAUUCACUGUGAACAUCUACCCCUUCAUUAGCCUCUAUACGGAUGCCAACUUCCCUGUUGAGUAUGCUUUCUUUGAUGGCAACUCCUCCCCCAUUACUGAUGGCUCAGCCACGUACUCCAAUAUGUUUGAUGCGAACUACGACACACUCGUCUGGACCCUGCAGAAGAACGGCUUCGGUAAUAUGCCCAUAAUUGUCGGAGAGAUUGGAUGGCCCACUGAUGGAGACAGGAAUGCGAACUUGGUCUAUGCCCAACGGUUCAACCAAGGUUUCAUGUCCCACAUUUCAGGUGGCAAGGGGACACCAAUGAGGCCUGGUCCCAUCGAUGCCUACCUCUUCAGUCUGAUUGAUGAGGAUGCAAAGAGCGUCCAACCGGGGAACUUCGAGCGGCACUGGGGGAUUUUCAUGUAUGAUGGAAGGCCCAAGUAUUCUCUCAACCUUGGGACCACGAACUCGGGGAUUAUCGCGGCCAAGGGAGUGCAGUACCUUGAUCAAAAGUGGUGUGUCAUGAAGUCAUCAGCAAAGCUUGACGAUGCACAGAUUGCGCCAAGCGUGAGCUAUGCCUGCGCUAGAGCGGACUGCACAGCCCUGGGUUAUGGGACAUCAUGUAGCGAACUGGAUGCAAAGGGGAACAUCUCAUAUGCGUUCAAUAGCUACUACCAGAUCAAUAAUCAGCUCGACAGUGCCUGCGGGUUCAAUGGACUGGCCACAGUCGUAAGAUCAGAUCCUUCAUCAGGGACUUGCAAGUUCAACAUCAUGACUCGGCCAUACUAUGGCGGUGCAUCGGAUUGGAGACUUGGGUAUCUUCAGGGGCCGUUUGGGUUAGCCCUUGCCCUCAUCCUGUUUAUGCUGACGAUUCAAUGAGGCCUGAAUAUUUUUUCUGGCUCCUGAAGCUAAUCGAUGAUGUACCAUUUUUUUUAUGACAAUUAUUUUGCUUCUAGGAAGGUAGAUUGGGGUCUCGCAGGUGAAUGGUAGUUUGUACCCUUCAGAUUUUGCAGCUGUAUGCUAUCGGAAUCUUGAUUGUUUCAGUGUCUGUUGCUCUCUGUCAGAGAUGGAGCUCUCUUUGUAUGGGAAAUCUGAGAUGGAGGCCAGCGUGAUGGAAUGAUGUAAAGAUUCGUAUUCGAUGUAAGGAAAACACUCUUUGAUCAAAA